UCAAUGGUGAUCAGGAAAAUCCAGGAAGUAAGGUUUUUAACUUUCUGCAACGCAAUAUUCAAGAGAGUUGUAUGUGUUAUCAAAUGAAAGCUAUUUUAAAUAUUUAAUCAUACAGUUUGUUUUUGUUUGACUCCAUCGUCUGGUACCCAACCAGAGUCUUAAAUGUAGUGUAACGAGGAAGAGGGGGACGAGCGAACCUGAGCUUCCUUAACCGAAGCCCAACUCGGUAACUCUAAACCUCCACUAAUAGGACGUUGAAGGUUAACCGCAGCACCACCGCGAGUCUAGCUUACUAAACCCAAUCGGAAAGCUUUGGGCCACGGAUCUUUUGACUGCGGCGAUGUCUCUGGUUGAUCAAAGCCAGCAGGCGUUCCCCACCAGUGUGCAGGUAACGGUGCACCAGGCUCGGCACCUUCGCCCCAAGGGGAAGAAUGGCACCAACGACGCCUAUGCCAUCAUCCAGGUGGCCAAAGACAAAUUUUCCACCGCGGUUGUGGAGAAGAGUAUGGCCCCGAUGUGGAAAGAGGAGGCUUCAUUCAGCCUUCCGCUCUUCCACCCGGGCAACGUCGAUCGCUGCACUCUGUACAUCGUCGUCAUGCACCGUGUCCAGGCCGGGCUCGACAAGUUCCUGGGCCAAGCCGUGGUCAACUUACUGGAGCUGCACGAAAACAAGGCUCGCCAAAAGCCAGAUUGGUUUCCAUUGGUGGACAAUAAGGGAAAAUCGGACAAGCUGCGAGGUGAUGUACUGCUUGGCAUCACCUUCAUGAGGAACAACAUGUCAGCUAGCAUGGUGGACCUUUCUGUGAAGGACAAGCAUCGUUCCCGCAUCUCCAAGUUGAAAGACAAAGUCCGCUUGAAGAAAAAAGACAGCUUCUCUGACUCCGGCUCGGCUAUGAGCCAAGUCCUGACUGACAGCGAGGGAGACCGCGAUUCACUCGCCUCCAAUCAAACUGCAGGGGAGAAAAAAAAGUCCAAAUUUAAAAACAUCUUUGCACCAAAAUCCAACUUGCAGCGUAACACCUCACAGUCCAUGUCGACCCUCGGCAGUCUUCCUGGGAGGAGCUCAUCCCUUAGCGGCAGCCGCUCAUCUGGCAUCAAUGUCGAAACCCCUGAAGUCAAGAAGAAAUUCAAAUUUCUUGGACACAAGCGGAGUGGAAGCUCUGACAGCAAGGGGUCUCUAGGUCCAUUGUCCUUCCUCAGCCGCUCCAAGCACAGCCACAGUGAAGUAAACAACCCCGGCAUUAACAGCACCCAGGUGUAUGCAGGAGAGCCACAGGUCAGGAGCGGCUCGACUGUCAGUCUUAGCAGCUCCGGCCAAGGUUCCAUGGAAAAUGUACAUCAACAUAACGCCAGUGUCAUGCCAGACAAGCACGUGCCUUUUUUUAGGUCCGAGAGUCGAGAUAGGCUUAUGAUGGAAGAACGGCGGCGUCAAGAGGAAGAGGAAAGAAGCCAGAUUGAUGCCAUGCGAUUGCAGGAGGAAGAGGAGAGACAAAGGAGAUGGCUGGAGGAAGAAAAUCAGAGAAAGGUAGACGAAUAUGAGAGAAACAGGCGCUUUCUUGAGGAGGAAGAGCGGAGGGAAAAACAGAGGGAGGAAGAAGAAGAACGCAGAAGGCUGCAGGAAAUCGAGAAUGAGGAGCGCCUCAGAAUAGAGGAGCUAAAAAUAAAAGAAGAGCAGAAAAGUCACGAGGAGGCUUCCAUGAGCGAAAGGCUCUCAUCCCUGUUUGGACUCGCAAGAAAGAAGGAGGACAAAAAGGAGGAGACACCACAGCACUCUGAAGAAGAAGUGACCGCACAAGCGCUUCACUAUGACACAAGAGAUCAGCAAGUCUUCGAGGCCACAAACUCAUUUGAGAAUAUUUCACUCAACUCUACAACUCAAUUUAACAGCAAUGAAAGUCCAUCUGAUGAGCAGAAAUCCAGCCUUAACCCACAAAGCUCGUCUGCCAUGCACUUCCUAAAUCGUACCACCAGAGUGUCCACAGUUAAACCAAGAUUGAGCCAUUCUCUGGAAUCUGAAUCUUCUGAACACCUGCCAUUGGAAUAUUCUGAGUCUCAAACCCCCAGUGUUCCUGCAGACCAGCAGUGGACUUCCCCAGGUGCCUCUGAAUCCCCCCUCUCUAGUGUACCAUAUGAGUUCCCCGAUACUUUCUCCAACCUUCAUUCAUCCUUGGCUCCCCUGAGAUUCAGGGAAAGUCCGUCUGGUUCCCUGCGGAAAAAUCCGCUGGAUUCAACUUCCUCGUACAGAGGUCUGACUGGUUCCUUGUAUAGAGAUCCACCUGGUUCCUCGUCUCGAAGUCCGUCUGGUUCCCCCAGUAGAAGCCCGCCAGGUUCCCCCAGUAAAAGCCCGCUUGGCUCCCCCAGUAGAAGCCCGCUUGGUUCCCCCAGUAGAAGCCCGCCUGGUUCCCCCAGUAGAAGGCCGUUUGGAUACCUAAGUAGAAUCCCGUCUGGUUCACCCAGCAGAGGGCCACCUGGUUCCCCCAGUAGAAGCCCGCUCGGUUCCCCCAGUAGAAGCCCGCUCGGUUCCCCCAGUAGAAGCCCGCUCGGUUCCCCCAGUAGAAGCCCGCUCGGUUCCUCCAGUAGAAGGCCACUUGGUUAUUCCAUUAGAAGUCCACCCGGUUCCCCCAGCAGAAGCCCGCCUGGUUCCCCCAGUAGAAGGUCACUUGGUUUCCCCAGUAGCAGUCCGCCAGGUUCCCCGGGUAGAAGCCCGCCAGGUUCCCCAAAUAGGAGCCCGCCUGGUUCCCCCAGUAGACGGCGGCUAGGUUAUCCCAGUAGAAGCCCGCCAGGUUCCCCCAGCAGAAGCCCACCUGGUUCCCCUUUGGAAAGUUCAGCUGGUUCCCUUUCUUACAGUGUAGACGACGUGCCAUCAUCACCCACAAUGGCUGAUAAGACAGGAAGAGCCCCCUUGCCACCCUUGUAUCCAAUAUAUGAAGCCCAGACUGGUGGAACUCAAGAGGUGCAGAUCUCCAGUCACACAAAUGGAUCUCAGCAAGAAAAAACACUAUCCAUCCCACUUCCUGAUUAUGAAACGUUGUAUCCUCAGAAGAGGCAUGGAGUGAAGGGGCACACUCGAUGGGAUCAUAUCAUUGCUGAAGUCAAUCAAAGACGUAUAGACAGUACACCAGAACUGAUAGGUCCAGAAAUGAGUGUGGAUGGCCCCGAAGACCCAGAGAAGGCUGGAUCUUCAUUUCCAGGGAACAGUACUUCUCUUGGGCAUUUACAAACACAUCACCAGGAACGAAAACAUCGGUCAUCAAAAGACGUAGCUCCACCUCCUCCACCCAAGCCAGCUGUUGACCAAACAAAACCCCCAGAGAGCUCUGACAUACAAGUUCCCACUGCUAGACCAAGGCAAAGGCCCGACAUGAAAGAGCCAGCAGAACAACAACAUUCAGUAGAUAUUACUGAUAGGCAAAUGAGCAGCCACGACCUCAAAACACCAGAAAAACCACCCAGAACAUCGGACAGCCUUCAUACCAGGGUAGCACAGAGGGAACAAAACCCCGAAAACUUUGGAAUGACAGCAGAAGAUCUUGAUCAAAUUUUCAGUGAGGGGAAAACAGGGGACCCCUUCGCAAGUUUGAAUGGCUAUGAGAAAAACAAUAGGGAAGAUGCGGACAGUCAAAGCAGCCUUGGUUUCCAAAGACAAAAUUCAUCGAGACGAAUAUCAUCGCCUCCUUCGAGAAGUAACUCUCUGAAGGCUUCUAAAUUUCAGCAAGAACCUUCGGACGAAGAAGAAAUUAACAAAAUUCAACUUUCAACACGAGACGUUGUCAUUGAAUCCAUCACACAAAGGCAUCCAGCUGAUGGGAAGGCACAAGUGCAUUUUCUCAAUGGCGAGGAUCCAGUUGGCAGUGAUCCUUUUUCAGAGCCCCUACCUGUUGUCAUGGAGGAACCGUCCUCAGAAGCUCAAGUGUUGUCUGUGAGAAAGAAGCCAAAGAAAGCAUUGAUGCCACCCACUGAAUCUCUGAUUGUCAGUCCUCAGAUUAGCAAUGGAGACAACCUUGCCUCCACGCUAUCCAGGCCUCAUCCAGUGAAGCCUAUGCACGCUCUUGAGAGUCUGAAUCCCACCAGCACUUACUCACUGAAGGACUUGCAUCCUCAAAGUGGCACCCCUAAAAAGGUGGCGGGCAUGUUUGACAGCGGACCAUUCACUCAGCUGACCCAUGAAGAGUUGAUCACCCUGGUGGUGAGGCAACAAGCCGAUCUGUCCAAGAAAGAUUCCAAAAUCAGCGAGCUGGAAGAAUACAUAGACAACCUGCUGGUGCGUGUCAUUGAGGAGAAGCCGACCAUCUUGCACGCCGUGAAGACCAACCCAGCAUGAGGUAACCACAAAGGAAAGAAGAGACCGGUGUGCAUAAUGGCCCUGUAAAGCUUUUGUUUGUGCGUGCGUGUCUCACUGUGUACUAAGACGCAUCCUUUUGGAUGUCUUAAGGCAUAUGCACUUUGUGGAGUAAUAUUUAGGUUUCUUUCAGAAUGCUAGAAAUAGCGUCUGGUUGAUAAACAAGCAGGUAAAACGUAUUUAAGUCAAUGGAUUCAUUUGUUUGAACCUCAACGGUACUUGGUUUGAAAUGUCUUGAUUUAUUUCCAUUACUUAAUGUGGUGUGCUUAAUUUAAUCGCAUAGAUUUUUUUUCCAUUGUACACAAAAUGUUUAUAUGACAAUCAUUCCACAUGUGUAGCCUCACAAUGUACGUACAUUUUAUGCAUAGAUCACCCCCAAACAAUUAUUUAUAAAUUAGUACCUCAUCAACAAAUUUUCCCUCUACUGAGGUAUUUUUUCCCCUUCUUAUCAGCUGCUUUGCCUUCUGUACAGAUGGAUGCCUUUCAUUAACUUGAGAAAACCAGCACAAAUCAAGCAGAUAAUGUUGCCUUAUUUGCAAUUGCCUGUGUCCUAUGAGGUGAUAGUUAGCAGUGUUGUUUGAGAACUCGCCAAAAUAACUCAAUGUCAGACUCACAAGGACGUGUUCUUCCAGCAAGUCUGUGAUAAGUACCUUAUUUGUGAUUGCCUUUGCAGAAAUUCUAGCAAUAUUUCCAACAUGAAUGUAGAGACAUUUUUGCAAAGCCUUUUGUGACUUAUAGUUAAGGAACUCAUUGUUGGCUACCUCUCUUCUUCCUGUGGGCUGAGCACUGAAAAUGUCCUCAAGAUGCCUCAUGGAUUGUACUUCCAUUAACGCGCCUGCCGACAUAUAUAACAAAGAGGUAAUGAACGGUGGUUCCAUUUUAAAUAAAGACACUCAAUCUCGUCCAAAUGCAAA